AAAAAAAUAUCCGCUCCAUUGGAUCCGACUCCUUAAACCUUCUCUGAAUUGUCACACUCCUUAGAGGCUUAGACAGAGCAAAGGCGAGGAAGAAGAAGAUGGUGAAAGCUGUCGUCGGAGAAGAAUCACGGCUAAAGUUAAUCGAAGAUCGGCUCAGCCAAGCCGCUGUUCCCUCUCAGGUAGGUCUUGUAAUCGGGAAAUUGAGCAAGAGCUUAGACAAAGGCUUCGUUUUCGAUUUAAUUCCGACUCCCCUGAACGACGCUGGUGAACCAGCUUCUUCACUAAUUGAGAGCGGUAAAGAUGAUGGAAAUAAGAAGAAAGGUUCCAAAAGCAAGCCUCAAUCCGACUCCUCGGCUUUGGUUAUCGACAGAGAUUGGGUUUCCGAACACGCUCGUCAGGUCUCGAGAAUGCUGCUUGGUGGGAUGAAGGUUAUUGGUGUCUAUAUAUGGGUCAAUGAAAGCUCCUUCAAGAAUUCAACAAUUACACUUUGUCAGACUGUAAAAGGAGUCUCUGAUGCAGUGCCCUUUAUGGACACUGAUAUGGAUGAGAGACUGCUCAUCCACAUUAGUUACAGUCCCAGAAGAUGGACCUGUCGAAAUUGUUCGCUGGCUUCUAACAUUACAUCAAGUAGUUUACGGCCUUGUGAUUUCAAAAUGGGAAAAGUUUUGUCUUCCUUGAAAGAAUUUAGGUGCACAUAUAACUUUGAUAUGAGGUAA